AUGCGGAUAGUUGCAUCCACAAAAGGGGCCAGUGGCCAUUACAACAGCUUAGCAGACAUCACAAGGCCAGCUUGUCAAUGGCUGGAAUGGAUCAAGCCAUUUAUCAAUGACCUUGCUACACACGCUGGUUACAACCCAAGGGACAUCUGUCUUGCUGCAAUUCCGGGAUGGUAUGAAGUUACAGACUUCAAAUUCAUAGAAAAUUCGCACUUCAAAAUGGCGCAGAUCCCGAUAGCUCCGUAUGGAGUAUAUAAAAUUGAAUUCCACUUGUCAGAAAAAGACAACCGAAAUUGUCAUUGUGUGCGAGUUUACAUGGAGGUGAUUCCUGAUCCCAAAACUAUUCUUAAGAAGCAGAAGCAGAACCAUACAGGACCAUAUGAGCAAAGAGCAAUAGGAUCAGAGUUUUGUCGAUAUUCUGGGAGAAGUUGCGUUGAAGGUAAUUUCACAAGACGCAAGCUCCCGGGUAACAACAAGGAUUGGCACUAUAAUGCUACAUUGUGGAGCCACAUGUAUGUGAAAGAUACAACCACAAUGCGGAUAGUAGCAUCAACAAAAGGAGCAAGUGGCCAUUACAACAGCUUAGCAGACAUUACAAGACCAGCUUGUCAAUGGCUGGAAUGGAUCAAGCCAUUCAUCAAUGACCUUGCUAUACACGCCGGCUACAACCCAAAAGACAUUUGCCGAGCUGCAAUUCCGGGAUGGUAUCAGAUCACAAACUUCAAAUUUAAGGAGAAUGAACACUUCAAGAUGCCACAGAUUCCAAUAGCGCCCUACGGUCUGUACAAGAUUGAAUUCCAUCUGUCAGAAAAAGAUAACCGAAACUGCUGUUGUGUGCGAGUUUACAUGGAGAUAACUCCCGAUGCCCAGACUAUUCUCAACAAGCAGAAGCACAAUCGCACUGCUAUUUUUAAACUCUGA